ACACGAUUUCCGGUUCGGCGCCUGAGUGUGGAUUUGAUGUAACAUUUUCGUCGUGCUGAUUGGUAUUAGCUAGUAACCUAAUAUUGUUGAUAGAUUUUUUUUUAUUGUGCGCCUCAGUUACGUUGAAGAGAGGGCAAACUGCUGGACGGAGAGAAAAUGAAUAUUCGCAAUGCCAGGCCUGAAGAUCUGAUGAAUAUGCAGCACUGUAACUUGCUGUGUCUUCCAGAGAAUUACCAAAUGAAAUACUACUUCUAUCACGGCCUAUCCUGGCCCCAGCUCUCCUAUAUAGCUGAAGACGAGAAUGGAAAAAUAGUGGGAUAUGUUUUGGCCAAAAUGGAGGAAGACCCAGAUGAUGUACCUCAUGGACACAUCACAUCUCUGGCAGUCAAGCGGUCCCACAGGCGUCUGGGUUUGGCUCAGAAACUGAUGGACCAGGCCAGCCGAGCCAUGAUUGAAAACUUCAAUGCAAAAUACGUCUCUCUGCAUGUCCGUAAAAGUAACCGAGCGGCAUUGCACCUUUACUCCAACACGCUAAAAUUCCAAAUUAGUGAGGUAGAACCCAAGUAUUAUGCUGAUGGUGAGGAUGCGUAUGCCAUGAAGAGAGACCUGGCGCAUAUGGCUGAUGAGUUACGGAGGCCAGGUGUACGUGUAUGGGGUCCAGAUGCCCCCCCAGCUCAGGGCCUCUCUGCCCCAGGGCACUCUGGGAAGCUGGAGGAGCAGGAGAGGGAGGGAGAGCGAGAUAGUGGGGGAGAGAGUAAAGAGCUGAGUGAAGUCAGUGAGGCUACAGAGAGCACAGACAUCAAAGACUCCUCCUCUGACUCCUAAUGACAUGUCCCAUUAUAGCAGUCUGUUGCUCUUACACCUGAUCCCUGUCCUGUGCACUGAUCUCCCAUAGUGCUUUCUCUUUGGUUCCUGUCUCAUUCACUGAGGUCUGAUUAGCCCUUGCACCUCUCCUCACACUCUUUAGACACACACACACACAGUGACACCACAGAUCAAGAGAACAGUGAAGAUUUCAUGUACAUUUUGUGCAAAAACUGCUUCUGACUGUGAAACAAACUGUUCUGUGUGAAUAAAAUGAUUUCUUUUAUCUUGUUGCCACUUUGAUUUUG